AAAAGUGCGAGAAUUGUCACACGUAUGGAAAAAAUGGCUGGAAUCUGCGAUUAUAAAGAGGAAAACCAGGUUUUUGUGCCUGACUUGGUCAUUCAAGAAGCUUCAGAAGCUAUAAAUAAAGUGGUGUCAGUAAAAUCUAAACAAUUAUACGAAAAAGAGUAUGGGAAUUUUUGUGAAUGGAUGAAGCUGAAGGAUGCAAAGGAAGUAGACGAGAGAAUAAUUCUGUCUUCUCUUUCUGAACGAUCAAAAAAUGCGAAAUCUUCGUCAUUGUGGGCGUAUUAUUCCCAACUAAAGAAAAUGUUAUUUGUUAAAGAAAAUAUCGACAUAAGCAGAUUUCAUCAGGUAUUUGCUUUCCUAAAACAACACUCUGUAGGGCACAGACCAAAGAAAUCUAAAGUCUUCAGAUUAGAAGAAAUGGGAAGGUUCUUGGACACUUCUUAA